AUGUUGGAACAUCGCUUCAGAUAUUUGCAACCUAUUGUCACGUGUUUCAUCGACUUUGCCUUUGAUUCAUUUGAUAGAAAGGCACCUUGGAGGGUUAUGGAAUGCGACAGUGUUCCAGAGAAGAUUAUUCGACUCAUAAAGGCAUUUUAUGAGCUUACGUCGGCGCAGAUCUGUGUAUAUGGGGAAACUGGCAGACUCCUUCAAAAUAAGAACUGGUGUCCGUCAAGGCUGCGUCCUUUCUCCUACAAUAUCCGACUGUGCGAUAGACUGGGUAACACCGCUUGUCGGCACUCAAGGGAUAUCCAAAUCAGUCCAGAGCAUCGUAUCAGAGAUCUUGAAUACGCUAAUGAUGUAGUCCUUUUUGUUGACAGUUAUGACGAAAUGCAAGUAAUGCCAAAUAACGUAUCAGAAACUGCAGCAAAAAUAGGACUCAGGGUCAAUGUAUGCAAAACGAAAGUUUUUUCUUUUAUGCACGAAAACUGA